GGACGUGUCGCCUUACUGAUUCGAUUGGCUAAUCAAAGAAGACUCUACGCACUCUACGUCUAGAGUCCAGCAUAAUCUUUCCAACCUGACUUUAGGACUAGUUACUGGCACAUCUCCUCAUUGGAGGAGUCAGCCAUAAGGAAAGGAAGGAAGGAAGGAAGCAUUUAUGGUUGACGGAUUACUCGCAUGGUUUCCUGUGCUCCGAAGAGCAACACGUGCAUGAGGAUCAAGCAUUAGAAUAUUCACUUCUUUCAACAAUAAUUUUUUAUUGUUUGUUAAUUAAAUCUCAAAAAUUAGUGCAACAACGUAUUGUAAUAAUGGAGUACAUGACGAAUAUUGAUGACCCUGUAAAAGAAACAGCAAGGAUAUUAUGCUGUGAAUGCGGGGUAUCGAUUGAACCAAAUCCUGCGAACAUGUGCGUAGCAUGUUUAAGGUCUCGUAUUGAUAUUACAGAAGGGAUUCCAAAGCAGGCCACACUACAUUUUUGUAAAGGAUGCGAGAGAUACUUACAACCUCCUGCUGAAUGGAUUCAUGCACCAUUGGAAUCACGGGACCUUCUGUCAUUAUGCUUAAAGAAAUUGAAAGGUCUCAGUCGUGUGAAACUUGUAGAUGCUGGAUUUGUAUGGACUGAACCUCAUUCCAAAAGGCUUAAGGUAAAACUCACUGUGCAUGCAGAAGUUAUUGGGGGUGCAAUAUUACAACAAGUCUUUGUUGUUGAGUACAUAGUUAAUCAUCAGAUGUGCGAUGAUUGUCAUCGCACAGAAGCUCAAGAUUACUGGCGUGCAUCUGUUCAAGUUCGUCAAAAAGCUAUAAACAAAAAGACAUUUUUCUACUUGGAACAACUUAUUUUGAAACAUAAAGCUCAUGAACAAACAUUGGGAAUUAAACCUAUUCAUGAGGGUCUUGACUUCUUCUAUGCAAACGAAGCAGCAGCUAGGAAAAUGAUUGAUUUUCUAGUAGCAGUGCUGCCAUGUCGCUAUCAACAUUCUAAGAAAUUAAUUUCCCAUGACAUCCACAGUAAUAUAUACAACUAUAAAUUUACAUACAGCGUUGAAAUAGUACCAAUUUCAAAGGACAGCAUAGUCUGUCUUCCUAAAAAACUGACACAACAGUUGGGUGGAAUCCAUCCUAUUUGUCUUGUCUACAGAACGACCAAUUCUAUUCAUCUUAUGGAUGUAUCCUCUGGUCAAAUUGCUGAAGUCAGUAGCACCGUAUACUGGCGAUAUCCAUUCAACAGUAUCUGCAAUCCAAAACAGUUAACAGAAUACGUAAUAAUGGAUAUUGAACCAAUAAAAAAUAAGGAUAAGAAAGUAUUCCCAGGACAAGGAGCAAUUUCGAACAAACACAUCGUAGCAGAUGUUUGGCUGGUCAAAGCAUCUGAGUUGGGUAUAAAUGAUAACACCAUCCACACACGUACUCAUUUAGGUUAUAUACUUAAACCUGGUGAUUCAGCAUUGGGAUAUGCAAUUGGUGACAGUAAUAUUAAUGACAUGAACUUUGAUAAAUUAAGCCGGGAUAUAGUGCCAGAUAUAAUCCUGGUGAAAAAGUUUUACGGACACGAUAAGGCAGCCAGACGUCGAGCAAGAGUAUGGAAGCUAAAGCAUCUUGCCGAAGAGGUGGUUAGCAUGAGUACAGAGAACAAUGAAUAUAAUGAAUUCUUGGAUGAAUUGGAGGAGGAUCCUGAGAUGCGGCAAAAUAUAAAUAUAUUCCGAGAUUCCAGUAAACAAAUCCCAGUGGAUUCUAGCGAAAUGGAUCCCAGCAUACCACGGAUUACUUUAGAAGAGAUGUUGGAUGAUCUUGUGAUUGAUGAUACAGAAAUGGGAGAAGCAUACCAAUAACUGAUAAAAAAAUACGGUGAAAUAAAAAGAUGAUAUCGAAAAUGCUAAUGAUACUGUUCAUAAAUAAUAGAAUGCUUACAUAAUUUAAGUGUUAAAUAUAAUUCCAUAUUAAAACAUUUGCUCUUAAAUAUAAAUCUUUACUGUAAACUUGAAACGAAUUUUGGACCAAAAUAUACAUUAUAAAUGAGGUGUGUUUAAGGAAGAAAAAUUAUAACAUUCUUAAUUGACCAUUUGCGGCAUUCUAACAUUUGGAAGGAGCAAAUGGUAUAUUGAGGCCGAUCUGUAUGUAUACGUCAUACCCGUCCCUCGCGGCGGUAUCCUCAUAGACGUCCCUGUGCUUGUGCAGGUUACUUCUCAAGUUUUUCGAAUGUAAAAUUAUGAUGAACGCAAGAUUUGUGAAACUUUAAUAAAUCAACCUUUAAUUGUCUUAAUGGCAACUAUGUA